UUGAAUCUUGGACCGAGCAUUGACGCCUUGGCACCACAGGACGCCUCUCUGUUUUUCUCUCUUCUCUGUGCACGAAGCCGCAACCCGUAGCGGCAACAAGCCACCGCUGUCCUCCUCUGCACGACCACCUUUCACGCCUCCCACUCCGUCUAGCCAGAAUACUUCGUCUCGGUUAGCACGUCGUACCCCAGCGCCUUGGAGGCCGCUGCACCACACGCACAGCCGCGCCGCGUGUAAAUAAACGACCAAUUUGAAAUCCAAGAUAUACAAGCUGCUCUUGGGCGGCGGGACCCACUUCAACUGAGGAACAGUGAUCUAACCCUAUUUCGUGGUUCUUUGAAGCCCCAACUCCCAAGUCUUUGAUCUCUGAAACAUAAACUCUAUUCACCCACUUCUCCUCUUCUGUCCUAAAACCCGAAAACUCUGACCUUUCCAUCCGAAGAACACCAAUUGGCUGUAAAGUAAAAUUGAAUAGUCUGUUUAAAGAUGCAGCACGACGAGGUGAUAUGGCAGGUAAUCAGGCACAACCACUGCAGUUUUAUGGCCAAAAUUGCCACUGGAAAUUUCUGUAGAAACCCCUAUAACGUGACUGGGAUUUGUAACCGGAGCUCCUGCCCGCUCGCCAAUAGUCGCUAUGCCACCAUUCGCGACCAUGAUGGAGUCUUCUAUCUUUAUAUGAAAACUAUAGAAAGAGCUCAUAUGCCAAACAAAUUGUGGGAGAGAGUGAAAUUGCCCAGAAAUUAUGAGAAGGCACUUGAGAUAAUAGACAAACAUAUGAUGUAUUGGCCUAAGUUCCUUGUACACAAAACAAAACAGCGGUUGACCAAGAUGACUCAAAUGCGGAUACGCAUGAGGAAGCUUGCUUUGAAAACAAGGGAGAAAAUUAUGACAACACCAAGGAAGGAAAAGAAAAGAGAGGCUAGAAGAGAGGAAAAGGCCGAAAGGGCAGCAGCAUUGGAUAAGAGCAUUGAAAAAGAACUAUUAGAACGCCUUCAGCAAGGAGUUUAUGGUGACAUAUACAAUUAUCCUGUUAAGGAAUACAACAAAGUUCUUGAUAUAGAAGAGGGGCAGGCUGCUAGCGAAGAUGAAGAUGAGAUGGAACCAGAGAUAGAAUAUGUUGAGGGUUAUGAGGAACUUGAAGAGGGAGAGGAUAUAGAAGAUUUUGAUGGUCUUGCAAUUUCCCAGUCUCAUGCGGAUUAUGAUAAUGUUGAAACGGAUGGAGAUGAUGAAGAGGUUGAACCAACUGCUGGCAAGAGAGUGAGGAAGGAAGCAACCUCAAGCUUAGGAAAGUUUGGGAAAGAUGAACCUGGUACAAAAUUGAAGAAGAGAGCAAGGGUGCUUGUUGAGGUUGAGCACGAAGAUGUUGAUGAAAGACAAAAGGCUGCCCACUGAGUGCUUAAAGCAUAUAUCGCUUCACUUGUUAUGCUUAUAAACGGGCAAAUAUCAGAGAUACCCUUGUUCGGUUGUAGAGUUUGUUUAAAACCUCACUGGGAAAAGAGGGAAAGUUACUAAAGCAGAUGAAAUUUUGAUAGCUAUCUCUUGAUCACGAUUGAAAUAUUUUAUUUAUUAGAUAGAUAAUAGUUUCUCUUGAUUUCUUCUCCCUCUUUUUUGGGAGAAGGGGCUGGUACUAGAGUGAAUUUCAUGGCCUUUUCUGGUCUCUACGACCUCAGACUCUCUAUUUUCUGUCUUACUGCUGCUCAGAAAUUACAUGAGUCCACUUCUCGCA